AUGGCAACUUACAUGGCAUGGAAAAAUGAUCGUAAUAGUUAUAAUCGUGAUCUGUUUCAUCAAAAACGUCGUCACAACAGUAGAAUGUCAGCGGAUGUAUUUAGUAAGCAGAGUACAGUGUUUAAUAGAAACAGAAAUGACGUUCAAUUAACCAAAAGUGACAAUAGUAUAUUAGACAAUCAUAAACGAAGCUUUUCGUCUAAUGCACGGAUAUGGCCUCGAGGUGUUGUCCCUUACGAGGUAGAUCCUCAACUACCGGCUGAAAGACAAAAUACUAUUCGUGAUGCAAUGCAAAAUAUGACUGCAAAAACAGAUAAUUGUAUUACUUUUGUUUUACGUGAUAGUAGUCAUACAAAUUGGAUACAUUUUCAAGAUGGCGGCAAGUAA